AUGGUCGAGGAGCAGUGUGUUCUCGGCAGCAGCCGCGUCCUUCCUCUCAUGUCGAUUGUGGGUGUGAGCGCAGCCGACGAGGAUGCUGCGACCCAAGUUCGGAUUUCCCCAUCCCGCCCUUUCAUUACUAUUCUUUUGAAGAUUCUUCGUUGUCAAGCCGCCAAAGUGGAGAGUGUGAUUGCAGAAGGGGGUGCUUCUCGUUUCAGUGCUUCUUCGGGCGGAGGAGGAGGUAGGGGUGCACCUCAGCACUAUCCCAAGACUGUCGGUAACAGCGAGUACCUGGGGAAAACCCCAGGGCCUGGCGUUCAGAGAUGGGUUCCUUCAAGAAGCACUAGACGAGAUGUCAACUCCACUGAAAAAGAACUUCACGAUGCAAUAUUUAGGAAAGUAAGAGGCAUACUUAAUAAACUGACCCCUGAAAAGUUUGACAAGCUAUGCCUUGAGCUUCUCAAUGUGGGCGUAGACUCUAAACUCGUCCUCAAAGGAGUCAUCUUGCUGAUCGUAGACAAAGCCCUAGAAGAGCCAAAAUACAGCUCACUCUAUGCUCAGCUAUGUCUGCGUUUGGCAGAGGAUGCACCAAACUUUGAUGGCCCAACAACUGAAAUCCAGUCAUCACAAAAGCAGAGCACAACUUUCAGAAGACUUUUAAUCUCCAAGCUUCAAGAUGAAUUUGAGAACCGCACCAAAAAUGUUGACAUUUAUGACAAACAAGACAACCCUCUAUCCUCUGAGGAAGAGGAGCAGCGUGGCAUCGCCAAGAUCAAGAUGCUUGGCAAUAUCAAAUUCAUUGGAGAACUUGGCAAACUCGACCUCAUCCAUGAGUCUAUCCUUCAUAGGUGCAUCAAAACACUUUUGGAGAAAAAAAAGAGGGUCCAGCUCAAGGACAUGGGAGAGGAUCUGGAGUGUCUCUGUCAGAUAAUGAGGACUGUGGGGCCCAGACUCGACCAUGAAAAAGCCAAGUCUUUAAUGGAUCAGUACUUCGGCCGUAUGCGAUCCUUAAUGAACAACAAGGAUUUGCCUGCAAGGAUUCGUUUCCUACUGCAGGACACAGUAGAGCUGAGAGAGAACAAUUGGGUUCCUCGUAAAGCUUUUAUCGACAACGGACCUAAGACGAUUAACCAGAUUCGUCAAGAUGCAGUGAAGGAUUUGGGUGUUUUCAUUCCACCCAUGAACCAGGGGAUAAGAAUGGACUUCUUCCUAGAAGGCCAUUUCAUGCCGAACAAGUUGAAACUGGAAAGAGAAACUCUUGGGGGAUUGGCAGAUAUGUUUGGUCAGAUGCCUGGCAGUGGCAUUGGGACUGGUCCAGGUGUGAUCCAGGACAGAUUUUCUCCCACCUUAGGACGCCACCGUGGACAUAUGGCUUCUCAACCACAGUCACAGUUUGACUUGGGUCUGAAGCCUUUUGUCAAGUCUAACCAGGGACAGAAUCAGCAUUUUCAAAGCCAGAACCAUUCAAACCAGCAGCAAGUUCAGUCCAAGGACAUGCCACCACGCUUUAAGAAAGGGCAGCUCAAUGCUGAUGAGAUCAGCCUCCGACCCGCUCAGUCAUUCCUUAUCAAUAAAAAUCAAAUGGCGAAACUGCAGUCCCAGAUUCCCACUAUGAUUCCUCCCAGUGCUCAGCCUCCACGCACACAGACUCCACCACUCGGACAGCCUCCUCAGCUUGGUCUGAAAACCAACCCUCCUCUGAUCCAGGAGAAACCUCAAAAAACUAUUAAGAAACCUGCACCUACCAAGGAGGAACUGCUGAAAAUGACCGAGACCAUGGCGACUGAGUAUCUUAACAGUAAGAACAUGACGGAUGCUGUCAGUGCCGUGAGAGAGAUGAAAGCACCUAAACAUUUUCUGCCAGAGAUGUUGAGUAAGAUCAUCUUGUGUUCUUUGGAGCGGACAGAUGAGGAUCGGGAGCAGGCCAGCACUCUCAUUCAUACACUCCGAACCGAGGGCUUCAUCACUGGAGAGAACUUCAUGCAGGCUCUACUGAAUGGAUUAGAUCAGUGCCCUAAGAUUGAGGUGGACAUUCCUCUGGUCAAGUCUUACCUGGCCCAGUUUGCUGCUCGGGCCGUCAUCGCUGAGCUGGUCAGCGUGGCCGAACUGGCUCAUCCGCUGGAGAAUGGAAAUCACUUCCCCCUGUUCUUGCUGUGUCUGCAGCAAGCUUCCAAGCUGAAGGACCGUGAGUGGCUCACAGAGCUCUUCCAGCAGAGCAAGGUCAACAUGCAAAAGAUGCUUCCUGAAAUUGACCAGAAUAAAGACCGUAUGCUGGAGAUUCUGGAGGGGAAGGGUCUGAGUUUCCUUUUCCCCUUGCUAAAACUGGAGAAGGAACUGUUGAAGCAGAUCAUUACAGACCCUUCCCCUCAGUCCAUCUAUAAGUGGAUCAAAGACAAUAUCUCUCCCAAACUACACACUGAUAAGGGCUUCAUCAACAUACUUAUGACCAGCUUUCUGCAGUAUAUCUUGGCUGAGCUCGGUCUGUCUGAAGGGGAUGAGCAACUGUCCUCUCCUUCGAAAGAACAGCUUGAUCAGGAGAGGCAACUGCUACUAGCCUUUAAGCCAGUCAUGCAGAAGUUCCUGAACGAUCACACAGACCUGCAGGUCAGCGCUCUGUACGCUCUGCAGGUGCACUUCAACGCCAACGCUUUCCCAAAAGGUAUGUUGCUUCGCUACUUUGUCAACUUUUACGACAUGGAGAUCAUUGAGGAGGAAAGUUUCCUUGCAUGGAAAGAAGACGUUUCUCAAGAAUUCCCUGGGAAAGGAAAAGCCUUAUUCCAGGUGAAUCAGUGGUUGACUUGGCUGGAGACAGCAGAAGAUGAGGAGUCAGAGGAGGAAGCCGACUGAUGAACCAGGCUAACCCGUGCACUUGUAUCCUGAUAGAUAACAUGCAAUCUUCUCUUUGGUUGCUUCACUUUUUGCUGUAAUUCGCUCUUUUACCUACACUGCUGCUAGGCUCAUGAAUUAACCGCAAGACAAAGUAAUGCCAUCUUUAUCAUAAUAUUUCCUUGUGCUUGCAUCAUAGACUAUGUCAGGUGUGUCCGUUUUGAGUUUGAGAUGAUAAAACGACCACUUUGCUUAAUCAGUA